AUGCCACCCCGAACAGCUCAGAAGCGGUCAGCGACGUCCAGCGCGGACGCAUCAACAUCUCAAAUCUCUUCGCAUGCUCCAAAAAAGACGCGUUUUGUUGACCCUGAUGAGGAUCCAGUGAACUUCGCGGAGGAAGUCGAGUCUGCGCUUGAAAAUCCGUCAGCCAAGCGGAAAGGACGGGUCAAGAACGAGGGAUACGAGUCAGACUCCAGUGAUGACGGAGAGGGGGUUGUACUGAGCAGAAGGAAGGACGCGGAAGGGGCAGAAGAUGAUGACGACAUGUUUGCCAUGGCCAACAAGGAAGAGAAGAAAGACGAGGCACAGGGCAAGAAGAAAGAAGAGUUCUUACGCCUAGGGGAUAUAGAAGGACAGGAGUUCAACGAGGGCGAUGAUUCAGAUUCAGCGAAUGAAGAUGAACCCGAAGACGAGGACGAAAGAGAACGGCGGAAGAAGGCUGGCAUGGGAUACGAGUUGUCUUCGUUCAAUAUGCGGGAAGAGAUGGAAGAAGGCAAAUUUGCUGCUGAUGGCACCUAUGUCCGAUCAUUUGACGCACACGCCGUACACGAUCGGUGGAUGGACAAUCUAGAUGAUAAGGAGAUCAAGCAGGCGCGUCGGAGGAAGCGACAGCAAGAGCGAAUACAAAGAGACAAGAUGAAGGCGGAGGAGAGGGAGCUUGCACAGAGCGGUGGAAAGGGCGCGCUGGAAAUCCAGCUCGUUGGAAUGCUCAAAAAAGGAGAAACAGUGCUUGAGGCACUCCAACGACUAGGCACCAAGUCGAAGCAGAAUUUGCGUUCUACCAAGAAAGUCAAUGGAAAGGCUAAAGAUGACACUGCUAUGGCCGUUGACAAGCCGGCAGAGAAACCCAAGGGUCUCAACGAUAUUGACAUGAUCACACAUCUGGCAUCCAACCUUAUGUCGCUCGGUGACACCGACAUUUACUCUCGAUCAUACGAGGAACUCGUUCGCUCAGUGCGUUCCAGCGGAGAGGUGGAACCUAAUUGGACACCUCCAUCUGCAGACGUCACGUACGAGUACAAAUGGAACAUCCCUGAGCAGUCUACCGGGGAGACAUUUGGGCCCUUUAGUGAGGAAGAAAUGAAGAUGUGGCAUGCGGCUGCAUACUUCGGUCAAUCAGGCGAAAAGGUUAAAGUGAGGAAGGUCGGGGACGACUGGGGAGACUGGGAUGAUGUUGUUACAUAG